CACAUGAGCACGCGUUUCUCGAUUGCUUAAAACUUCUACUGCCAUUAUGCCUGCCGAACGAGCUGGGUAUACGGUCACAAUGUAUGUCGUGGACGUGGGUCCAUCCAUGAACAACUUGCGCACACACGACCCCGAAGGCAAUCGACUGCCACAUGAAAUCACCAAUCUCGAAUGGGGGCUCCAAUUUGUGAAGCUGAAGAUCCAAGAAAUGGCUGGUCCUUUCAUUAUCUACAACAAACGAAAGACUGAGCAAUGUGGAGUCAUCCUCUUUGGGUCUGACAAGACGAAGAACAUGCUUUCCAAAGACGGAUACGAACGUGUGGAGGAAUAUAUCCCAAUUGCCCAGCCCUCCGGGGAGACCUUGGAACAACUCAACCGAUUAGUACCAACUGAGGAAGCGGGAGAUCCGCUUGACGCGCUCAUCGUCGCAAUUGAGACGCAACACAAGCAACUUGCCUCAAAGAAGACAUGGACGCGCAAGAUCGUGCUUGUGACCGACGGCACGAAUCCCAUCGAGGUCACUGAGGACGAAGCCAGCACUGCAAAGAGAAUGGUGGAGUUGGGUAUCCAACUGACCAUCGUUGGUAUUGACUUCGACGACGAGGAGUACCCAUCUAAGGAGGAGGACAAAUCCAACGUUAAGGCCGAGAACGAGGAGUUCUAUAGUCGUCUAGUGCAGCAGGUCACGGAUGAGGGCGGCCAUGCAGUGCUCGGUACUUGCGCUCUCGCUCUCCGUGAAAUUGCUCGUCCAGAUAUGAAGAUCACCAAGUCGACGCUCUCGACGACCAUUCUUCGCCUAGGGGACACUGUCACACGAUCUGGUGAAGCGCUCGAAUUGACUAUCAAAACGAGCAAAUGUACGGCCGUAACACGUCCGAAGAGUUUCAAAAAAUACGCGGUACGGGAAUCCACGAAGCGGAAGAAGGAAGCUAAAAUGAAAGUGGUGAUGGAAGAGGACGACGAUGCGACCGAAGAAGAUACCGAUGAAGAGGAGGUUGACGACACUGCGAUGGACGUGGACGAACCAGCGGGCAAGAAAGUGACGUUCACGCAGCUGAAAAUGCGCACUCAGUACUUGAUCGAUCAUCGAGAACGGGAGAGUGAAGAUACCGAGAUCAAGCCUGCCAUCAACCCCGAAACAAACGAGCUUGAGCCCGAGGUUGAAGUGACUGACAAGGAAAACCUCAUCCGAGGCUAUAAAUAUGGGACGACCUACGUCCCAGUGACCGAGGAGAAGGAUUUCGGGAAGCUCCCGACUGUGAAGGGGAUCGACAUUUGCGGAUUUUUCCCGGCCAAGAACUUCCGACGCGAGCUCUCGAUGGGCGAGAUUCAAUAUGUCUGGGGGGAUCCCAAUCAACCCGAAAGCCAAGUCGCCAUUUCGUCCAUAGCACGGGCAAUGGACCAGGCUGGAAAAGAGAUGAUGGCUAUUGCGCGUUGGGUGACUGCAGACGAGAGAGAUGCCAAGAUGGGCGUUCUAUUCCCUUCUGUCAAUGACGAAGGCGCCGACUGUUUGCUUUGGGCCCAAAUGCCUUUCGCUGAUGAUGUACGGCGGUACACUUUUCCAUCGCUCGACAGACUCGUUUCGAAAAAGGGUGAACUGCUCACGGAACAUCCCUACCUUCCAACCAAAUCUCAGCUUGAUGCGAUGGAUGACUUCGUGGACGCCAUGGAUCUCGAUGCAGCAGAGAAGGAUGAGGAAGGGAAUUUGGUCCCUUGGUACGACACGCGUGAUUCAUAUAACCCUUCCCUUCAUCGCAUCAAGCAAGCUCAGUUCCAUGCUGCGGUCGUCGCGGAUCUGCCCAAUAAUCCUAUUGGUCCGCCACAUCCAGAAAUAAUGAAGUAUCUAGAGCCUCCGCGUCGGGUCUUGAAACGGGCUCGGGAAGCUAUUUCCUCUUGUAUCGAUGAGUUCAACGUCAAAGAGGUGCCCAAGAAAAUCGCGAAGACUCGCAAAGACGGGCAUGUGCAUGCUUACGAUGACGAAGAUGAAAUGCUACUGCUCGGACCAGCGGAGCCUCAAGCACCGCAGGAGCCACGGACUGGGACCCAAACCCAGCCAUCGAAGGCUGCCCCCAAGCGCAAGGACCCAGACGAGAGUGCAACCGAGGACGAAACAGAUAACGAAGACCCCGAGACCAAGGCCAAAGCCGAUAGACGCUCUACGUCGCCGACAGUCGAUCCUGGCCGGGCACCUGGCCGCAUCAUCGGCGACGCGCGCCCGCUUGAUGACUUUAAAAGUAGCUUUGCAGGAGGCGACCUUGUCAGCAAGGCCGUCGAGGACAUGUGCGCCGUCAUCAAGGAGACCGCUCUCAAACCAUUCGCCAAGCGGCGCCAUGCAGAGCUUGUCGAGUGCCUUACGGCUUUGCGCGAAACCUGUCUCAAGGAGGAUGAAAUUGAUGUUUGGAACAUGUUUCUGCCGGAACUGAAGGACCAGUGCCUGAAUUCCAAGCCCGGUAAUGCUAGCUUCUGGGCCGAAGUGCAGAAAGUCGGUCCCAAGUUGAGCUUGAUUAGCGAUGAAGAGGCUGACGAGCAUGGCGGCUCCUCUGAGAUCUCCGCCUUCAAGGCCAAGAAGUUCAUAUCUUAGAAGGUGAUCUGUCGGGAUCGAUAUAGCGUUGAAUCCGUUUUGUUUUGUAACUUAUGGCCAUUUGGCACUCAUGUUGAGUUGCGGUUAGCUUUUCCUGUAUAAUACUUGUAUUGGAUAAACACAGCAAUGCACUCACGAUCAGGCAUUCUCCUCCAGGCGCAGUAUGAAAAAAUCACAAAUUCUCCACUUUCUACGAGUAGAGACAGGUACAUUAUUUGAUGCGCGAAAACGUUCAGCUCCUCCCCCACCAUCCACCAAGCAGACUGCCCAAGCCACCUUUGGCAGCAGCAGCCGAUUUGGCAGGUUCUGGCGCAACAGCCUCUGUCUCCUCGUUGGCGACUUGUCGCGCAGGCUGUGCAGGGACGGUUUCGACAUCGAGCGGCUCCAAACCAGCGCGGUGUCUGAGCGCAGCCAUGUCCAAUGCAACGUAGUUCACGGCGAUGUCGAAGAACAGCGGCUUCUUGUGUCCAGCGGAUGAAGCUUCAAGCGACCCGCCGUUGAAAGCAAACCACUCGCGCUUCAGGCGCAGAGCUUCGCUGCUCAAAGUGCCCUCCAAUUCGCUCACGUUCCCAGGCGAGAGGGGGUAGAAUCCCGGGUUGGACGCAUUGAUCGGGUCGGCGUUGAUAAGUGAGAGAUUC